UUUUAUUAUGAGAUUAAUUUCGUUAAUCGAAACAGUCUAUCCACCUUCACUCUCAGUCCAAGAUCCAGAUUAAAUCUCACGAGCAUUGCACUUUUUUCUUCUUUUUUCUUUAAAUUCGACAAUUAAAUGCAAAUUAAUUAAUUAAUUAAUUCGCAAAUUAGCAAUCGGUUAAUCGAACCUCAAUUUAAUCCAUCAACAGUUGGCAGCUACAAAAAAUUUUAGGUCUCAUUUGACCGGUGGAAGUAAUUGACAUCGGGAAAAUGGGCGGGGAGGAGCGGUGGUGCGUGGUGACCGGCGGCCGAGGGUUUGCGGCGCGUCAUCUGGUGGUGAUGCUCAUCAAAUACGGCAUGUUCUCCGUGCGCGUCGCGGAUUUGGGCCCCGCCGUGAAGCUUGACCCCGACGAGGAGAACGGCGUCCUCGGAGAAGCUCUCAAGUCCGGCUGCGCGCAGUACGUGGCGGCGGAUCUUCGCGACAAAUCGCAAGUGCUCAAAGCUUGCAAAGGAGCCGAGGUUGUCUUUCAUAUGGCUGCUCCUGAUUCCUCCAUCAAUAACCAUCAGCUGCAUCACUCUGUCAACGUACUAGGAACCCAAAAUAUUAUUGAUGCAUGUGUUGAGCUGAAAGUAAAACGACUUAUAUAUACAAGCUCCCCAAGCGUGAUUUUCGAUGGAGUCCAUGGAAUUUUUAACGGACAUGAAUCAUUGCCUUAUCCCGCUAAGCACAAUGAUUCAUACUCUGCCACAAAAGCUGAAGGAGAGGCUCUAGUUAUAAAGUCAAAUGGUUCAAACGGCCUUCGAACAUGCUGUAUUCGACCUAGCAGCAUCUUUGGACCUGGUGAUAAGUUGCUUGUUCCAUCAUUAGUUGCUGCAGCUAGGGCUGGAAAAUCAAAGUUCAUCAUUGGAGAUGGCAACAACAUGUAUGAUUUUACUUAUGUUGAGAAUGUUGCACAUGCUCACAUAUGUGCCGAGCGAGCUUUGGCAUCUGACGGUUUGGUAGCAGAUAAAGCUGCUGGACAGGCAUACUUCAUUACCAAUACGGAACAAAUCAAAUUUUGGGAGUUUAUGUCUCUCAUUCUUGAAGGUCUUGGCUAUGAAAGGCCCAAAAUUAAGAUUCCUGCAUGUGUUAUGAUGCCAAUUGCACAUAUGGUGGAAUUGAUAUAUAAACUUUUAGCCCCGUAUGGAAUGAAGGUGCCACAGUUGACACCUUCAAGAAUACGUCUACUAUCUAUCACCAGGACCUUUGAUUGUUCUAAAGCAAAUGAUCUUCUUGGCUACACACCUAUUGUGCCACUUCAGGAGGGUCUUAGAAAAACAAUCGAUGCGUACCCACACUUGAGGGCUGAUGUUCGAAGUAAAAGGGAUGGACCAUCUAAAGCUGAAUUAUUUCUUGGCAGUGGAAAAGUUGCUGACAUACUACUGUGGAGGGAUAAAAAGCAGACACUCACCGUUUUGCUGAUCUUGGCUGCAAUUUACUUCAAUUUCAUAGCAACUGGGUAUACUGUAAUUACUGCAGUUUCCAAGCUUCUAUUAGCGGCAGCGGUCUUCCUUUUCAUCCAUGGAAAACUACCUCAGAAAAUAUUAGGAUAUAAAAUUGAGAAAAUUCCAGAGUCAAAGUUCCAUGUCUCAGAAGCUGCAUCCCACCAUGUUGCGCUGUCAGUGGCAUCGGGGUGGAAUUCUGCCGCUAGUAACUUAAAAUCACUUUGUAAAGGAAAUGACUCUAAGCUUUUCCUCAAGGUAGUUCUCUCGUUAUUGAUUCUCAGUAUCCUUGGAGCAGUUAAGCUGAAUACUGCAUUUGUGAUAGGAAUACCCAUUGCCUUUAUUUCCUUCGUUGUGUAUGAGAAAAAGGAGGAAGAGAUAGACAAUCUUGCGGAUAAACUUCUCUCAUUUGGGUGCAAAUUGAAGUCUGAUGUUACUGGAAAGAUUUCUAACUCAAAGAAACAACAAUAAUCGGAAAAGUGGGGGUAAGGAUUAAUUUAAUUUUCUUUCAAUUUGACAGUCUCUUCCUCGGAAUCAAAUUCUUCAAUAGGAGUGCGAAAUUGAGGUGGUCUAUUAGCUGAUAUAUUUCCUUGUUGGGUUUUCAGAGUAUUGUGUAUUUGUUCUCACCCGAAUGUGUCGUGUCUUUUUCGUUGUUUUUCCUCCCGUUUUCUACCGCCCCACAGUGUACCAUUAACAUGUGAAUCCAGUUCAAUCAACUUGACGUAUCGUAUAUUCUUUUAGGACAAAUCACAUUCUGCAUUUGCAUUGUUAUGUAAUGUCUUGUUUGGAUUGUAAUGCUGAUUCAGUUUUUUAACUUGCAUUCUGUUUGCAAGAAUGUCCAGUUCA